UCAUUUGCGUAAGUGCAGUACCUGGAACAGAAAAUAUGAUUUUUUACACAGUCCUAUUCGAAAUUUUUGUAAUAUUUGAAACUGUAAUAUCUUUGGAAUCUACAAAGGAACCGACUGAAAAAGAUUCGCAAGAUCCUAAUAUGAUAAGGAUUGGUGAAUAUAUUAUAUCGACGCCUAGUACUUGGGAAAUAAAUCCAGAUUUAAAAUCUUUGUGGGUCUUCCGGCCUGCAUCUCUGCAAUCGCAACUAAAUAAAGAUGAAAGUAUACAUCAAGUGAUUUUGAAACCACCACAUCUAUUAACUAGACUUGCAAAGCCUUUAUGGUUCGGAUUUGACCCAUAUUUUCGCAAGGAUUAUUUCGAGCCUUUUGAGAGGAGACCGAAGCCAGUAACGCUAAUCGCUUUCAGAAAAAAUGGUUUCAUGCCUCAUAAAAGCAUACCAUUGAGCCUGUCAUCUGAUGUGGCCGAGUUACAGUCGCCUUAUAACGAUAUAAGUAGUUUUUGGGAUGACAACUCGGGAAAUCAGAAUGAUGUCUAA